UGAGAAAAAGGGAUCGAGGGCCCAGGGUGACUAAAGGCGCUCCAUUCGAAUGGAGCUGGCGACAGUGUGGUGUGACGUCGUGGGCCAUGGACCGGUGCCGGGCCGGACGGUGCGGAUUCUCUGGGAGGACGAUGAAGGAGGCUCUGCCGUUGGCGGUGCUGCUGCUGUGGCUAGGAUCGGCGCUGCCGCCCAGCUCCGGAUCGGCGGUGCUCAUCUCGGACAUGACCAUGACUGUGAUGGUGGAGCUCUCGUCCCGGCAUCCCUUCUGCAAGAUGCACAGAGAUCGCGGCGACAUACAACGGAUGCUGCUGCAGUCGGAUCCACGACGCAUCCGCCAGGUGCCGCGCGAGUCGGUAAUGGAGCUGGAGGAGGUGUGCCGGCAUCAGGGCUCCUAUGGCCAUGAGUUCCGCGGCGCCCUGGGCUUCAUCUAUCCGGGGACCAAGUGGUGUGGCCCCGGUACAGCGGCCACCAGCUAUGACGAUCUGGGCGCCCAUACGCGGGAGGAUCGCUGUUGUCGCGAGCACGACAUGUGCCCGGAUGUCCUGAAUGUGGGCGAGUGCAGGCGGGGAUUGUGCAACCGGGGUACCUUCACCCGCUCUCACUGUGACUGCGACGCGAGAUUCCGGCGCUGCCUGCAGGCGGCCAACACGGAGACGGCCAACACAUUGGGCGCAAUCUUCUACAAUGUGGUGCAGGUGACGUGCUUCCAGGAGCGCAGUCCCUGCUCGGCGCACCAGAGGGCUGGCUACAAUGAAACGGAACAGGAGGCCAUAUGUGCCCAGUGGCAGUACCAGCCCUCGGAGAAGUACGUACCCAGUCAGCCGCGCACUUCUUCCUAGACGAUCAAAGGGACGGAAGGGACUGAUGGAUGCCGACCUGGACAAGCUACUCAUGGAAACGGUUACAAAUCUACACAAAGCAAUUACAAUUACAAAUGCAAUUACAAUUACAAGUUUAGCCAUAGAAUGUGCACAGUCGUAUCGAUAUGAUACUACAUAUUUCCGCUUUUCUUAACCUGAUCUGAUGAACCUGAAGCCGACCUGAACCUGAACCUGAAUAUGAAUCUGAAUCCUGAACCAAAGCCAAUGCCAAAGUUCAAGCAACAGCAUGGAAACUAAAUAGGAAAAUAUAUACAUAUAUUUUCAUAUAUUUAGAGCAUACAACAAAAACAGAUCU